AUGGCUAUCGACAUCUCGGUUAUCGAGUCGGUGAGACUCAACUCAGCAAGCGAAGAAAAAGUCAUCGCACUCUCUCUCCUGGAUUGCACGACAGCCAACUUUUCCUACGGUAGUGCCAUUUGGCUAUACCAGCCCCCAAAACUACCUGAAUCCGACAACUUCAACCUCGGAUAUCACCUCCGCGAGUCCUUGGCCCUCACUCUAGAAGCCUACCCUCAAUGGUUGGGUCAUCUCAAAGUGGUGAGCAAGAUCGAUGGCGUUGGUCCUCCUGAAGCGCAGCAUCUUCCUCCUCAUGCGCGACGAUUUGGACGCAUCUAUGCGCACUUUGGAACGGCCACGGACCCUGGGGUUGAAUUCGUUUAUGCAAGAAGCUCCGCCACUCUCGACUCUAUUUAUCCUAUGGAUCGACCUUCGAAGCAGCCUUUGUGGUCAUGUGAGACGGCGACUUUUCACAGUUUCUUGGCCGCCACGACUCUUGCGCAUGCUCUCCAGCCUAAUAUUGCGGAUGAAGCAGGACGGCUCAGCCCCCUCAUGGCAGUUCAGGUCACGGAACUUGCUUGCGGGGGCUUCGUUGUGGCUAAAAGCGCUAUUCCUGCUCUCACACCUCUUUUUGACCCAGCAUUGCUUGACAGCCAAGCAGCCGGUGACAUCAAUGCCGAAGAACCAGACGAGGACAUUCUACAAAAGGCUAGGAGCCUGCCAAUGCAUAGAUACGAUUGGUGGGCUUCGGCAGCAACUUGCCCAUGGCCAUUUAAGAUCCCAGCUCCUUUCGAUACCGAGGAACAAACAUCAGUGGGCAAGUUGAUGCCCUGGGCUGAAUGGGAUCUUGCCUCACCAGUAUCCAACUACGUCGUUCAUCUAAACCGAAACCAAGUCGACGUUCUCUGGAACAAAGCCAACGAAAAUGCCUCGGAAAAGCUUAGCAGGCAUGAUGCAGUUCUGGGGCAUAUAUGGUCCUGCAUCGCACGUGCCCGUGGCUUGCAAGACGACGAUGGGCCUGUACACUGUGAUCUCGUAUACGGAGUGCGUCCCUCUUUUCAGCUGGGGAGCGAGUUCCAAGGAUCUCCAUGUAUGAUGAUGAACGUGGAAUUAGCAGUUUCCAAAGUGGCAGAUGAGUCGAACUUGAGCGCUAUCGCUACUCAAGUGCGUCAGACGCUCAGAGUAAUUACCAACAAGGACAAUAUGGCCGCCCAUCUUUACAGCAUCGCAUACGAAAAGUCUCCCCAGCGGAUAUGGCAGGCUUUUCUGGGACGACGGCACAUCUUGGUUACGACCUGGGGCCGGGCCGGUAUUUACGAUAUUGAUUUCGGACUAGGAUCUGAAUGCAGCUUCGCCGAGGGUGUGGUCCCGGAGAUGGAUGGGAAUAUUCUCAUCAAGGAGGCUCCUGGGAAGCCGGGCGCAUACUGGACGGACAAUGGCGUUGAUAUUUCUAUUCAUAUUAGAACGGAGGACAUGGAGAGGUUGAUCAAGGAUCCGUCGCUUCUCCCAGAGGCCUCCAUCGGAGAUCAUGACCUCGACGCCACAUAA